CAGCAGCAGCAGCAGCGAUGACUGACGCAGUUCGCAUCACUUGCACUAAAUACAAAUUGUUGUUAAAUUCUUUUCACAUAGCAAAUUGCAUUUGCUAAUUGUUUAAUUGUGAUUUUGUUUUGCGGUAAAGGAAAGUGCAGUGAACUAAGUGCAACAUACGAGGCAUACAACGAAGUGCGUGCAUAAUUCGAUUGCAGGGCAGGGCCGGACAGUGGAGCUCUUGAGCUCGCCACAAAAUGUCAACAGCAGCAGCAGCAGCGACAGCAACAACAACAACAACAACAACAAAACCCGAUGAAGAGGCUAAAGUUAAAUUAAAUGAAGUCACUGCCGCCGCUGUAAAAGAGAACGCAAUACCAGUUAAAAAUGCUCUCAACGCACUUGAGAAAUUGCAACGCUUCUGCUACAUUGGCGCCCUCGAUGAGCCCGUCUUUAAGUGCUGCAACAGCCUCGAUCUGAACGUCGAGAAUUAUGUGCUCGACUUGCAGCAGCUGUGCGAACAAGUUAAAGCCAAGGAACUGACUGAUUGCCUCGCCUCGUUGUUGCACCACAAGAAUACCGACUAUUUGCCGCGUCGCGAUGAAGCGCUGCUCGUGCUCACCGUCUAUCUAUCCACCUGCAAUGACGACUGCCAGCGCACUGCGGCCCGUGAAGAGUUUCCCAUGAUGGUGACCAAGGAUGCGGAUCUGUUGCAGUUGAGCAAGUAUGCGAGACGUGUGCAAAAGAUCUUGCAACGCAAUACGCCGUUCAAUCGCACCAUACGCAAGGCAAUCAUUGAAUGGUACAAAAUCCAACCCGUCGAUCGGCUGCUGCAGAUGUAUUUCCACAACGAUUGCGAGCGUAGCUCGCACCGAGAUCUGAUGUAUCAUUGUCACUACACCGAUGAGAAGUUCGAUGAGGAUGUAAUGGCCGCAUUGCGUUUGAUCUUCACGCCGCCCAACGAGGUGAUUGCCUGGCCCGAUUACCUGCAGCCGCUGCACGUGAUCAAAGAUUAUAUUGUGGGCGUGGCGCAGGUGCGUGUGGCCACCAAGGCCAAGGAUGUUGUGCCGAUUGUGAAGCGUUUGCAGAUCCCCUUCGAACAGAUACCGCGACCAUUGCUCGUUGAGCCGGUGCUCAUCGGCAUGCUGCUCUCCAAGAUGAGCUACGAGCACUUGCUGCAGAGCUGGCCGCGUUUCCUCAACUCGUUGCAGUUGCAUGCCCCCGAGCGGCGCAAGUUUACCGAACUGUUUUACGUAGAGUCCAAGCUGGCGGCGGCCAAUGUGGCGCCACUGCGUCUGCUGUUGCAAGAAGUGCGCAUGGUCAAGCGCAAGAAAUAUUUGCGCAGAGGCGUGAUAAGCAUCAAACCGCCCACGUUUAUGGCAAAGCUCUACAAGUAUUCCUUUGGCAAGAACAAAGCUAUCGACUGCCGUUUUCAUAUUACACUCAAUCUCGAGAAGUGCUACAGAGACAAAUAUCUUAAUGGACGCUGGCGUGCAAUCAGUUAUCUGGACGCUAUUGUGGCCUUGGCAUUUGCCUAUUACAAAAGCGAAUCGCAGGUGAAUGUGCGCAUGUGGUAUGAUAAAAGUGGCAAACUGAAGACGGUGCCUUGGACCGCCUCGAUGACAUGCGAUCAGGCCAAAUAUUAUUGUUUUUCGCAAAACAUUGCUAAAAUCAAGCAAACGCUGACUGAUGUCAUCGAUGAUGCGGAGCUGGACUUGGAUCAUGUCUACGAUGUGUUUCUGGUUGUGGUGCCUUGUGCCACACGUGGCAAUCCGCAAAAUAACUCCAACGGACUGUGUCAGCGUCUCAACGCAUAUCGCGAGAAUCGCAAUCCAAAUGCCAAAUUUAUCAUCAUCAGUCUGCGGCAAACUUCUGGCUCCAUGAGCUACUCCAAGCAACUCAACGAGCACAUUUUGGAGCUAUGCGGCAUGUGCGAGGAAAUGCCAAAAGUAAUCAAUGCAUUUGCCACUGGCAAAUUCGUCUAAUUUCAAAGCAGCCAAUUUAUACGCACGCUCUCUUUCUCACAUCCCAUGAUAACUAUCUUUCUCUCUCACAUUGAUUGGUGCUCGUGCGCCUUUUUGCACACACAGAAUUAGCGCCAAUGAUGCUUAAUAAUUAUAGAAACAUAUACAUAUAUUAACUAAAACAUAAGUAUUACACCUAUUAACACACACUACGACAUACACACACACACACACAUGAACACCCACACACACACACAUGCGAAGCAAACAACAGCAUAUUCAAGUAUUAAUUCAAACUUCAAGUUUUUUUGAAGCGCCGCAGUGAAUCGAAAAAGAUUUUCACUGUGUUUACUGAUCUGUACCAUAUUUGUACGCCUUUGAAUUGAAUUUAUUUAUAAUUGUAUUGCAUUUGAAUUGAAUUGAAUUGGUAUUUAACGUAGUUAAUACACAUUUAUUUGCAAUUUCAAAACGAAUACAAAAAUAAAACGAACGAACUGAAUCUAAAUUAAAUUUGGAUGAAAAACAAUACCAAGUUAAAUCUGAUAACAUAAAAAAAACUCAAUUGCCUUACAAACAAAAUGUUAGUCAAUCCCUAAUUUUAACUUUAACAUAGAAAUGAAUCAAACAAAAAACAAAAACAAGAAAAAAAUGAAAAAAACAAAACACAAGAAAUUUGGUCGAAAAAGUACUGAAAAAAUAACUAAAAACAAAAGCAAAGCAAAGCAACGCAACGCAUUUAGAUAAACAAAAUAUUCAAAUAGAAAAAACUAUAUAUGAAAGAAAUAUAAAAAGAAACACAAAUAGUCCAAACUAAAUGAUAAGUUAACACACGAAGAAACGACAUCAAAAUAUGAUUACGUUUUUAAUAUUUAAGUUUUGUGUUGAAACAUAUUCAAGUGAAAACUGCCCAAAAACCGAAAACUGUGACAUUUUUAAAACUCAAAACUAAAUCUAAAACAAAAAGGGAAAAUAUAUUUGCAAGCAAUAUGAAAAAUUUAUAUACGGCUAAGAAAUCCUCCAAUGUGCCAUACACACACACACACACACACACAUACACAUCUAUAUUCACAUUCAGACUUAUACAAAUAUAAGAUUCUAAAAACCGAACAAUAAUAAUGAUGACAGCAAGAGAACUAAAUUCGACUACAUGAAUUAAGUAUGUUUACAUUUUAUAUACAACAAAUUUGGAAACCGAAUGCAACUUAAACAAAUUCCAAAAGAAAGAGGAAAAUAAUAUAGUAAAACAAAAAUAUUUCUAGGGGCAGUUUUUCUGUGAUCUUUGAAGUAAACCGUUGUGAUCGCUUUGAAUUCUUUGUUUUCAAAUGUGAAACAAAAAAUGAGAAACAAAAACAAAUACGAAAACGAAACUGAAAGAAAAAAAUACAAUUAGAGCAAACUCAAAAGCAACUGAUAAACAUUUAAUUAAUUAUAAGUUCGACUAAAAAAAUGCAAAUCAUUUUCGAAAUAAUUGUAAAACGAAAAGCGUAACCAAAAAGUACCUAGACUCAAGAGCAAAAUUUGAAUACAACAAAAACACAAAAAACAUCUCUCAAACAUUUUUCACUCUCAAGCGCAACAGUUAAAAGUACACACACACACACACACAUAUAUACUCACAUACACAACACACACACAUGUAUUCUUAUAGUAUUAACUACAUAUAAUGUAAAUAUACUCGUAGCUGGAAAAUAAUGAAAAGAAAAGAGAAACCCUAAAGCAAUUACUUCAUUCGUUAUUUAACUAAAAGAAAAAACAAGUCAAACGCACGAAUUCAUCAAACUGAACUGUUAAACGAAAAAAACAAUUAAACAAAUAAGAAAACAGGCUCAAAGAAUGUUUUGUAAAACUAAAACAUAAACUAAACCUAUAUAGAAAAAAAUACAAAAAAAAAAAAUGAAAUACAGCAGCAAAACUUUGUGAUAUCUAUUUGAAAAAUAAGUGAAAACGAAAACAAGCCACAACAAAACUGAACAAAAAAAAAAAACAAAACAAAAAUAAA